UGCACGUGCUGAUUCAGCGGGACGCAAGAGAUAGCGGCGGGUGCUGAGGACACUCGCCAGAAUCACUGCUGCUUGGAUGCCACUGUCAAAUCAAAGCAUUGCGCGGUAGCAAGGAAGGACAGACACUGCGGCGGUGUCAACAGUGACCAAAUCGCAAAGGUUUUCCUGGUGGCUGUUUAUCUGCCGUAUAGGAAGUAUGGAUUAGAAGUGACUGGGAGGACGCUAAAUCCCUUUUGUUGUUUGCUGAUCUAUAGUUGUUGAGCAAAUAUAAACUAUAAACUGCCAGUGCUGAUCUGAAAUGCAGAUCUGAAGCAGGGCGCAAUGGACACGAACAUGCGGAAAUUUACAGUUAGGAGAUGGUUUUCCGUCUACCUUCGGAAGAAGUCACGGUCCAAAAGCGCGAACCUCUGCAGAUUAGAGGAUGAUGGCAUCCUGAAAGAGAUUGACAUCAGCCAGCACACCAAAGAGGGAUUUGAAAAGGCAGACCCCUCUCAGUUUGAGCUGCUGAAAGUGCUAGGCCAAGGCUCCUAUGGAAAGGUGUUCCUGGUGAGAAAAAUCAGAGGCUCUGACAGAGGACAGCUUUAUGCCAUGAAAGUGUUAAGGAAAGCAACGCUAAAAGUCCGAGAUCGGGUGCGGUCCAAAAUGGAGAGAGAUAUUCUGGCUGAAGUCAAUCACCCGUUCAUAGUCAAACUCCAUUACGCCUUUCAGACGGAAGGGAAGUUGUAUCUGAUUCUAGACUUCCUCCGAGGGGGAGACCUCUUCACACGGCUUUCCAAAGAGGUGAUGUUUACUGAAGAGGAUGUGAAGUUUUAUCUGGCUGAGCUGGCCUUGGCCUUAGAUCACCUUCACAGUCUGGGCAUCAUCUACAGAGACCUCAAACCAGAGAAUAUUCUUCUUGACGAGGAGGGCCACAUCAAGAUUACAGAUUUCGGGCUGAGUAAAGAGGCAACAGACCAUGACAAGCGAGCGUACUCCUUCUGCGGGACGAUAGAGUACAUGGCCCCUGAGGUUGUCAACAGAAGAGGACAUACACAGAGUGCUGACUGGUGGUCAUUUGGCGUCUUAAUGUUUGAAAUGCUGACAGGAUCUCUACCAUUCCAAGGCAAAGACCGCAAGGAAACAAUGGUCCUGAUACUGAAAGCAAAACUUGGCAUGCCGCAAUUCUUAAGCCCAGAGGUGCAAAGUCUAAUACGGGCCCUCUUCAAAAGAAAUCCUGCCAAUAGAUUAGGUGCUGGACCAGAUGGAGUCGAGGAGAUUAAAAGGCAUAAUUUCUUUGGAAAUAUAGAUUGGAAUAAGCUUUACAGAAGAGAGAUCAAGCCUCCAUUCAAACCAGCAGUGGGCAGGCCAGAAGACACCUUCCACUUUGACCCCGAAUUCACCUCCCGCACACCAACAGACUCGCCUGGCAUUCCACCCAGUGACAACACACACCAGCUCUUCAGAGGGUUCAGCUUCGUGGCCACUAAUCUGGACCAGGACCAGUCCAUUGCUGAAAUACAGCAGAACUCAACUGUCAACCCUAUUGUACAACAACUUCAUGGGACCAACAUCCAUUUCACAGAUGGGUAUGAGGUAAAGGAGGAGGUGGGCUUGGGGGCGUACUCUGUCUGCAAACGAUGCAUCCACAAAAUCACCAGUGUUGAAUAUGCUGUCAAAAUCAUCGACAGAGUUAAGAAAGAUCCAUCUGAGGAAAUUGAGAUUCUGUUGAGAUACGGGCAGCAUCCAAACAUCAUCACGCUGAAGGAUGUCUAUGACGAUGGGAGGUAUGUGUACCUUGUGAUGGAGCUGAUGAGAGGUGGAGAGCUGCUGGACAGAAUACUCUAUCAGAAGUGUUUCUCUGAGCGAGAGGCCUCUGCUGUUCUCUGCACUAUUACCAAGACAGUGGAGUACCUUCACUCACAGGGGGUGGUACAUCGAGACCUGAAACCAAGCAACCUCCUCUAUGUGGAUGAAACGGGAGAUCCUGAAUCGAUCCGAAUAUGUGAUUUUGGGUUCGCCAAACAAUUAAGGGCGGAAAACGGUCUCCUCAUGACGCCCUGUUACACAGCAAACUUUGUGGCUCCAGAGGUCCUGAAGAAGCAGGGGUAUGAUGCUGCUUGUGACAUCUGGAGUUUGGGGAUCCUACUCUACACUAUGCUCGCAGGCUUCACCCCUUUUGCCAAUGGUCCUGAUGACACCCCGGAGGAAAUACUGGCUCGCAUUGGUAGCGGAAAAUAUGCCCUCACUGACGGAAACUGGGAUACGGUUUCUGAUGCUGCAAAGGACAUAGUCACUAAGAUGCUCCAUGUGGAUCCACACCAACGGCUGACGGCUCCCCAGGUCCUCAGACACCAGUGGAUAGUCAACCAAGAACAGCUGUCUCAGUGUCAGCUCAUCAGACAGGAUGUACAGCUUGUUAAGGGAGCAAUGGCUGCAACAUACUUGGCUUUGAAUCGAUCGCCUCUGGCCCCAAAGCUGGAGCCUGUGCAGUGUUCAAGUUUGGCCCAGAGAAGAGGAAUGAAGAGACUCACAUCCACUUGUUUAUAGCACCCUCAUAGAUGAUUCAGGGACAGCUUGAAAAUGGGUCAAGGUGCAAUGACUUUCAUCAGACACUGGUUUAAGUGCCCGUCCAAAGAACCAGGAAGUCUACAGUAGUGGGAACAAGGAGGAGCCACUUGUAACAAGAAAAAAAAAUAUUGUAGAGAAGAUGCAUCACAUUGUUGCACUAAGACAGGAAUCUUUACAGAUUUUAGAUGCACUCGAAACAAACAAAUGGUGGCAUCGAAGACAAAGCAGAAUUCUGUUCAAAUGUUCUUAAAUGUAUAAUUUGUAUUGAAGAAAUGUAACAUUAAUAUAUUUUAUUAAUUCAUAUUUGCCUUUUCAUUUAGGUGGCAUCUGAAACUGUUUGUUUGUUAAUUGACACCUGUGUAUUAUGUAGAGUAUGUUUAGAAUGAUAUUGUCUAGGAGACCAAGUAACCUUAUGCAACGUUGAAUUGAAACUUUGUCAUAAUGGCUGUAACAGAUACGUCUAGAACAGCUUGUAGUUCAUAACUACAUGAUACACAUUUUACGAGAUUUUAUCGACAGCAUCUGUAUUUUUCCCUGUGUCUGAAAAUAAGCAUGUUGGAAUGUUACUUUGACACAUUGUUCACAGUCUAAAAGUUAAAUUACAGCUGCUAAGGAUACGUUGGUACAUUUUGUAGCAUUCCAGAAAUCCACAGUUAGUAUAGACAUUAAAAUAAACUGAAAUAGCUGAAUGAGUACAAAGAGUAUACAGGGCAUUCAGAAAAUAUUCAGACCCCUUGACAUUUUCCAGAUUUUGUUACGUUACAGCCUUAUCUAAAAUGGAUUAAAUAAAUAUAAAAUCCUCAUCAAUCUACACACAAUACCUGAUAAUGAAUAGCAAAUGUACAAUAAAAAAACGGAAAUACCUUAGUUA